AUGUUAAAUCAAGAGAAACUUAAACUUGGUCAAAUAGCUACAUUAUUACAAGAAGUAGUAGAUGGUUAUAAAGCACAAUUCAAAGAGCUAGAGGAUGAGAUUGAAGAGAUUAGAAAGACAAAAGAAUCAUUACUAGAUGUUAAAAAGGUGAUAGAUGUAUCAUUGAUACCUGAUCCAAUUACUCUAAAUAUCGGUGGAAUCAAGUUUCAAACAUCAAAAGCAACAUUAACAAGAAUCAAAGGAUCAUAUUUUGAUGUUAUGCUAUCAGGUGAGGUUGAUAUUAAAUCAACAACAAAUGAUAAAUCAAAUUCAUUCUUUAUUGAUAGAGAUGGAACACAUUUUAGAUAUAUAUUAAAUUAUCUUAGAGACGGUGAUUCAUCAAUCUUUCCACAAGAUUUUAGAUCAGAGAUUAAUAGAGAAUUGGUAUUUUAUAAAUUAAUAGAAUCUUUACCAUGUCCAACAACAUUGAUUGAAUCUGCUCACGUUGAAGUAAUCAAUAAUUGGAUUGGAACUUCAAAAGUUCGUGAUUUAAUUUAUAAAGGAACAAGAGAUGGAUUCCUCGCAUCCAAGUUUCAUUCAUUAUGUGAUGGUAAAGGUGAAACGAUAACAUUAAUUAAAUCAUCAGAUGGAAAUGUAUUUGGUGGUUAUAAUAGUCAGUCUUGGAAUUCAGAUGGUGAAUAUUAUGGUGAUAACAAAUGUUUUAUCUUUACAAUCAUCAACAAACAAGGAUUACUGCCUACUAAAUAUUUACCAAAACAUGUUGCGAAACAUCUUGUUUUUGGUCAUGCUGGAUAUGGUCCAUCAUUUGGAUCAGGUCAUGAUAUUUAUAUUAGUGAUCAAUGCAACAAUAACCAAUCAAGUUAUCAAAACUUCCCUUAUUCCUAUGAGGAUACAACUGGAAAAGGAAAAGCAACCUUUGCAUCGGGAUACCAAUUCAAAGUUGAUGAAAUUGAAACAUUCAUUCAUAUAAAUAUGUUGGACCAAGAAAAAAUUAAAAUCAAUCAAAUAUCAACUUUAUUACAAGAGGUUGAAAAAGGUUACAAAGAUGAAAUCAUUAAUUUGGAAAAUCAAGUAGAGGUAAUUAAAAAGACAAAAGAAUCAUUAGAGGAAACAAAAAAGGUGAUUGAUGUAUCAUUGAUAUCAGAUCCAAUCACACUCAAUAUUGGUGGAAUCAAGUUUCAAACAUCAAAAGCAACUUUGACUAGAAUCAAAGCAUCAUAUUUUGAUGUAAUGUUGUCAGGUCAAGUUGAUAUUAAAUCAACAACAAAUGAUCAAUCAAAUACAUUCUUUAUUGAUAGAGAUGGAACCCAUUUUAGGUACAUUUUAAAUUAUCUUAGAGAUGAUGAUCUAUCAAUCUUUCCACAAGAUUUAAAAUCAGAGAUUAAUAGAGAAUUGGUAUUUUAUAAACUAUUAUUACCAACUGAAAUGGAUUCAAAAUUGAUAGAUUCAACACAACUUGAAAUCAUCAAAAAUUGGAUUGGAACUUCAAAAACUUUGAAUUUAGUCUAUAGAGGAACAAGAGAUGGAUUCCAAGCAUCAAAGUUUCAUUCACUAUGUGAUGGUAAAGGUGAAACAGUGACAUUAAUUAAAUCAACAGAUGGAAAUGUAUUUGGUGGUUAUAAUAGUCAAUCUUGGAAUACAAACAAUACCUUCUAUGGUGACAACAAAUGUUUUAUCUUUACAAUCAUCAACAAACAAGGAUUACAUCCUACUAAAUAUAUUCCUAGUGGAGUCAACUCUAAUUAUGCAGUAGGUAGUGCUGGAUACGGUCCAGUAUUUGGCUCAAGUUAUGAUAUUCUUAUUAGCGAUCAAUGCAACUCGAACCAAUCAAGUUAUCAAAACUUCCCUUCUACCUAUUCCGAUACAACUGGAAAAGGAAAAUCAACCUUGACACCAACAUACAAUUUCAAAGUUGAUGAAAUUGAAAUCUUUUUGCAUGUUCACAUGUGUGAUUUUUUCAUAAAACAAAAUUCAUUAUCUUUUAAUCUAGGACUAAUCACAUUUAUCAUCAGUACACGAUCAAUAACAACUAGAAAUAAUAAUCUUGGUCAAAUAGCUACACUGUUACAAGAAGUAGUAGAUUGUUAUAAAGCUCAAUUCAAAGAGUUGGAGGAUGAGAUUGAAGAGAUUAGAAAGACAAAAGAAUCAUUGUUGGAUGUUAAAAAGGUGAUAGAGGUAUCAUUGAUAUCAGAUCCAAUCACACUCAAUAUAGGUGGAAUCAAGUUUCAAACAUCAAAAGCAACAUUAACAAGAAUCAAAGCAUCAUAUUUUGAUGUAAUGUUGUCAGGUCAAGUUGAUAUUAAAUCAACAACCAAUGAUCAAUCAAAUACAUUCUUUGUUGAUAGUCAUUUAAAUAUGUUGGACCAAGAAAGAGUUAAAAUCAAUCAAAUAUCAACACUUUUACAAGAGGUGGAACAAGGUUAUAAAGAUGAAUUAAUAGAUUUGGAAAAUGAAAUAAAAGAUAUGAAAAAGAAAAAAGAAUCAUUAGAGGAAACUAAAAAGGCGAUUGAUGUAUCAUUGAUAUCAGAUCCAAUCACUCUCAAUAUCGGUGGAAUUAAGUUUCAAACAUCCAAAUCAACUUUAACAAGAAUUAAAGGAUCAUAUUUUGAUGUAAUGUUGUCUGGUCAAGUUGAUAUUAAAUCAACCAAUAAUGAUAAAUUAAACUCAUUCUUAUUGAUAGAUGGAACACAUUUUAGAUACAUUUUAAGUUAUCUUAGAGAUGGUUAUUUACCGGUCAUUCCACAAGGUUUCAAAUUAGAUGGAACAAGAGAUGGAUUCCAAGCAUCCAAAUUUCAUUCAUUAUGUAAUGAUAGAGGUGAAACAGUGACAUUAAUUAAAUCAUCAGAUGGAAAUGUAUUUGGUGGUUAUAAUAGUCAAUCUUGGAAUUCAGAUGAAGAAUACUCUGGUGACAACAAAUGUUUUAUCUUUACCAUCAUCAACAAACAGGGAGUGGAGCCUACUAAAUAUAUUCCAAGACAAGGCAACCCUGUGAAAAUUAUUUUGAAAAAACACGUGCCUUUAAAUACCAUAUUGUUCAUCUGGGCUAUAACUUUUAAUUUGAUUCAUUGCUCUUUUACAACCAUGACAUUCUAUUUCAUCCAAAUUGAUGAAGAGAGAGAAGAGGAUGAUGAAGGUGUUGAGGAGGAUGAGAAGAAUGAGGUUGAGGUGAUCAAUUAUAGAUGA